UUGACAUAAACCUAACCUAGACUAAUCAAAACAAACCCGAAAAUAGGUUUUGUUACCUGAAAAAUGUGAUAAAAAAUAAGCUUUUCCAUCAUGAUUAGAAGACUUUUUAAUACAGUUUUCGAAGGGGCGAUAAUAAAUCCUAUAGAAGCUAAUACUCCAUGUUACCCUCAUCCAUUUAGAUUAAGUGACACAGUGCAUUUUGGAUGGCUUUCGAGUGUUGCCCCUUGUUUCCCUGUAUCGUCACAUAACAUUAAGAUAAUAACCGAACCCAAGCAGUUCUACGAUCAUUUACUGCACUACUGUAAAAAUGCCUCUCAUAGGCUUACUUUGGUGAGUUUAUACUUGGGCACUGGCGACUUAGAAAACCAACUAAUUGAGGCUGUAAAACAGAACAAGCAGUUUCAAAACAAAAAAUUAAAUAUUAAUAUUCUUCUAGAUUAUACCAGGGGAAGUAGAGGUAAGGUAAACUCUCGCACAAUGCUGAAACCGCUACUUAAAUGUAAUGAGAAUUGUAACAUUUCUUUAUAUCACACUCCUGCCUUAAGAGGUAUGCUUAAGAGAUUUAUUCCAAAUCGAUGGAACGAGCUACUUGGCCUCCAACAUAUGAAGCUUUAUAUAUUUGAUGAUGUAUUAAUUAUUAGUGGCGCCAAUUUGUCUAAUGAUUAUUUUACAAACAGACAAGACAGGUAUAUGUUAAUAAAAGAUAAGAAAUUGACAGAUUUCUAUUGCGAGCUGGUUACCAAUGUAGAGAGUUUCUGUUUAAAAAUGGAUGAGGAGGAUAAUCUAAGUUUUCCAGUGGAGACAUGGAAGUGUUCACCUUAUGAGGGUAGUAAGAAAGCAUUUACCAGUAAAGCUAGGGAAAUAGUGGAAAGCUUUAUUAAUAAGUCAUUUAAUGAAAAUGUACAUUCAAUACAAAAAUCUGAUGAUACAUGGAUUUUUCCAACUCUUCAAAUGGGCCAAUUAGAUAUUAAACAAGACUCUUAUAUAACGGAUAGAUUAUUAGCAGAAGCACCAAGUGAAAGUAAACUGAGGAUAGCCACUGGAUAUUUUAAUUUAACAAGUCAAUACAUGCACACAUUAGUUCAUGACUGUAAAGCGGAAGUGGAAAUACUUAUGGCUCAUCCAAGAGCAAAUGGAUUUCUGGAUGCUAAAGGUCCUGCAGGAGGAAUUCCAUAUGCAUAUUCUUUGAUUGCUGAGAAAUUUAGGAGAAUGUGUGAGGUGCAUCAUCAGCAGUACCGAAUAAAGUUAUUGGAAUAUAUGAGGAAGGGGUGGACAUAUCAUGGAAAAGGUUUAUGGUACUAUCCACCCAAAAGCAAAUACCCUUGUUUAUCAAUAAUAGGUUCACCAAAUUUUGGUGAUAGGUCAGUUACUAAAGACUUAGAAACCCAAUUGGUGAUAGUCACAGAAAACAACGAACUGAGAAAAUGUUUUCACGAAGAAAGCCAAAGACUUUACAAAUUGGGACUAGAAGCAGACACAAAACGUCAAGUGCCACUUUGGGUUAAUGUAUUCGUAUUGCUGUUUAGAAGUUAUUUUUAAGUGAUUUAUUGUUUUAAGUGUGUAGGAAUCGUUAUUUUGUUGUUAAUAACUUUAUUUGACAAUUAUAUGUAGAUUAAGCUUCUUGUGUUUAUUAAUAAAAGUGUUGAUAAAAAAAUUA